AUGCGUCGGAAAAAGAGUGACACGCCGGGGGCGGAGGUGGUGGCGUUGACGGCCGAGGAGCUGGUGGCGACGAACCGAUUCUUCUGCGAGACGUGCCGCAAGGGGUUCCAACGGGAGCAGAACCUGCGGCUCCACCUGCGGGGCCACAACAUCCCGUCGGAGCUGCAGCGGCGAGCGGAAGGGGUGGCGCCCGCGCGCGGGCGCUGCGUCUACGUCUGCCCCGUGGAGGACUGCGUCUACCACGACCCCGCGCGGGCGCUGGGCGACAUCACGGGGAUCAAGAAGCACUUCUCGCGCAAGCACGGCGAGAAGCGCUGGGAGUGCGAGCGCUGCGGCCGCAUGUACGCGCUCGACUCCGACCUCCGCGCCCACCUCAAGACCUGCCCGGGGACCCAGAUCCUCCGCUGCCCUACUUGCGGGGAAGACUUCACUCGGUGA